ACUCAGAACUCAGAAUACUUGAAUUUGUUUUCAUAGUUUUGGUAUUUUAUUUUGAAGUGCAAAAUGAAAGAAAAGGAAGCAAACCCUCUGCACCUUAAGUCUGUUAACCACAUCUCCCUUGUCUGCACAUCAGUGGACCAAUCCAUCAACUUCUACCAAAACCUUCUCGGAUUUUUCCCCAUCAGGAGACCAGGCUCAUUUGAUUUUGAUGGAGCAUGGCUAUUUGGAUACGGAAUUGGAAUCCAUUUGCUGCAAGCUGAGGAUCCAAACAAGGUUACAAGAAAAACAAAAAUUAAUCCCAAGGAUAAUCAUAUAUCUUUUCAGUGUGAAAACAUGGGAGCAGUGGAGAAUAAGCUUGAGGAGAUGAAGAUUGAGUACGUGCGUGCAACGGUUGAAGAAAGUGGAAUCCAAGUGGAUCAGUUAUUUUUUCACGACCCAGAUGGAUUCAUGAUUGAGAUUUGCAACUGUGAUAGCCUUCCUGUGAUUCCCAUAGCAGGUGAGAUGGUAAGGUCAUGCUCCCGAGUGAACUUUCAGAUGCUUCAGCAGCCAAAGAUACAUCAAAUUGUUAAGCUGGAAAAUUAACUUAUACACACCAACUCUUCCCUUUUUUCAUGCUUUCUUGAUUAUCGAUGUCUUUUUUUCUUGUUUUGCACCAAUAAAGUACAACUACAAUUCGCUACUUUCUUCUUAUCAUAAGGUAUAUAUAUUAUCUUCCUUCUACCAUGUAAAUCAGCUUCCCAAAUGAAUUUUCCUUUGCUUACCCUUUCUUGCAUCAUUUAUUGUAUCUAAUUAGUUUUCUGAUUCCAACUUCUGGGGGAAGAGUUGAUGUGAAGGUCAUACAUUUUAAGAAAAAUGAUAUCUUUUUUUUUUCUUGUUGAUUAAUUUCUUCUUUUUAUAGAUCUUAUUACCC